GAAUUACCACCUCCAGUUCCACCCAACACUCCGACAUUGCGACCAUUUUCUGAAGGCAGCCUCGAAAAAAUCGAUUACUUCUCACUACACUUCUCACUACCCAACGCGAUGGUCCAGCUUACAGAGGUUGUUGAUGAGCAUUUCCAGGAGGGGCAACCCGGUCCUGAUGAGAAUGACGAGGAUUACACGGAUACGGAUUCCGAGAUCUCGAAUGAGUCCGAUUACGAUCCUUUGAACGAGACGUUUGCUGAGCGUCUCUAUGCCCUCCGUGACAUCAUCCCGCCUCAGACCCGAACCUCCAUAUCGAACAAGAUCAACGCGACCACAGAUGCUAUCGGCAGCGUUCUAUCCUUCAGCGGCAGAACCCUCUGGGUCCUCGGCACCUCCGCGCUGAUCCUCGGCGUGCCUUGGGCCCUCGCCUGGUCUGAGGAGCAACAGGUGAUCGAGAUGGAGAAGGAGAUGAAGAUGCGCGAGAUGGGUGGAGACCUGCUCACCGCCGGCGCCAACGGUGAUCCUUCGACAGGCGACGCUGCGAAGGAUGCCAAGCCUGCUCUAUAGAGCGGAACGUCUUUACGAUGAGCCCGGCUCUUUCGCGCAUAUAUAUUGCUACUUGGGAAAUGCGCGCGCAUUACUUACGCCCUCCCUCCCGACAUAUACUUGACGGACCCUACCACUAUCUCAUGAGCCGUCUUCGAUACCGGCCGCUGCGCAGAGUCGCAGCUGCUUACCUCUCCUAGCUAGCGGUAUACAGUCUCGACGCGCAUGCUUUCCUGUGAUGCGAUUACGGGGUUGAAGGGUUUCGUGGUGGAAGGGGAAAACUAGGGACUCUCAACUCUCACGCGACGGCUUACGAAUGGGGGAAUUCUUUUCAGCUGUCCUUUGUACGAUAGUUUGGCUGGCUUCACGCACGUCUAUGACAUAAGGGACUCGGUUGCAUUGUGUCGGCGUAGUCCCGGCCGCACGGAUUUAUUCCCGAAUUGAUGAUUUUCUGAUG